AUGACUACUGCACCCAAGGCCCCCGAGGGCCACUUUACCAUUCUCUACUUUGCAAGCGCGGGCUCCUACACCAAGAAGGAGCACGAGGCGCUCCAGGCCCCGUUGCCGCUCAAGCAGCUCUUCAGCACCCUUGAGGGGCGCUAUCCAGGCAUGAAGCACAAAGUACUCGGCUCUUGCCUGGUCACUGUCAACCUGGACUACGUCGAUGUUCCCAGUGAGAGUGCUCCGGCCACGGGCGAUGAAGACGUCGUGAUCAAAGAGGGCGACGAGGUCGCAAUCAUCCCGCCCGUGAGCUCUGGCUGA